CUCAGUCUCAGCUCUCAAGUCCAAACACUCUCAUUUUUCUCCUUUCUUCAAAUCCACAGAGAUCUCUCCUCAUUCAUGGCUCCAAUUGCUGUCGGCGAUGUUGUACCAGACGGAACCAUCUCAUUCUUCGAUGAAAAUGAUCAACUUCAGACCGCCUCCGUUCACUCUCUCGCCGCCGGUAAGAAAGUCAUUCUCUUUGGUGUCCCUGGUGCUUUCACUCCCACAUGCAGCAUGAAGCAUGUGUCUGGUUUCAUUGAGAAAGCAGAGGAACUAAAAUCAAAUGAUGUUGAUGAUAUCAUUUGCUUUAGUGUGAAUGACCCAUUUGUGAUGAAGGCAUGGGGAAAGAUAUACGCUGAGAACAAGCAUGUGAAGUUUGUAGCUGAUGGGUCUGGAGAAUACAUGAACCUUCUCGGACUUGAGCUUGACCUCAAAGACAAGGGCCUUGGUGUUAGGUCCCUUGUUUCAACUUGAAACGAUGUCGAUGACGAUGUCAAAUCUUC